ACCAAGAAGCACCCUCAGCAUGCAACAUCAAAUGUGUUUGCUAUGUUUGAUCAAUCACAGAUUCAGGAAAUUUAAAGAGGCCUUCAAUAUGAUUGAUCAGAACAGAGAUGGUUUCAUUAACCAGAAGGAUUUAUAUGAUAUGUUUGCUUCCUUAGGAAAUAAUCCAACCAAUGAGUAUGUAGAUGCCAUGAUGAAUGAAGCUCCAGGUCCUAUAAAUUUUACUAUGUUCCUCACAAUGUUUGGGGAAAAGUUAAAUGGAACAGAUCCAGAAGAUGUCAUCAGAAAUGCUUUUGCUUGCUUUGAUGAAGAAGCUACAGGCACCAUUCAGGAAGAUUACUUGAGAGAACUGCUGACAACAAUGGGAGACAGGUUCACAGAGGAAGAAGUAAAAAAGCUGUAA